AUGAAAAUCACCACCCGCCGAGUCACGACGGGCGAGAUCUUCCCCAUCUCCCAGCCUCAAUCUCAAUCUCAAUCUCAGUCUCAACGACAAGACCAACCGUCCAAACCCUAUCGUCCACAAAGCCCGGCCUUACAUCGCCUCUCCAAGUUCCGCACCAUCGUCUUCCCCAUGCUCAUUGUGCUCGUCUUCACCAGCCUCGUCCUCGGCGCCAUCUACGCGUACUGCGUGGCCAAUCCGCACACCGAGAUCGCCGACCGUCUGGCGCAGAACAGCACAGCCGAAAUCGAGGGGUCACUGUUUGGAAAACGACGACCAUCGAUGUUGUCGCCAGUGAGCAUCUCCUCCGGCAUAAUAACACCUCGUUCAGCAUCCACCGAUGACGAUUCACAAUCCACUGAACCGGCAGCAACAAUAACAGCAACAACAGAUUCAACUUCAGCAACAACAGGAGGCUCUUCUUCUUCUUCUUCUUCUUCUUCUUCACCUUCAAGUCUAGCAUUACUCUUCUACACAUUCACCACUCCCGGAAUAAGUCUCUUCCAUCUAUCCAUGGAAAUCCUCAUCCACCAUCACACACCGCACCACCUGACCCUACGAAGAACAUACCUCGCCAUCAUGACCCUCUCUUCAUUUCUCGUGGCAGGCUGGAUCACCACCCUUGGAUUCUGGAUGCACUGCGAACUAGGGCCUACGUUGCAUAAUCAACAUGAUUCCGGUCCUACUUCCAGCUCCACGUUCAGACAUAUCCAAGCCCAGGCUGCAAUCUGUCCCGUCCAGGUUCGCGGGCAUUUCAUGUACGGGAUCCACGAAGUGAGUAUUUCCAAAGCCGUGGUCGGCGGGAUCAUUGUGCUGGUCUACGUGUGUCAUGUCGUGCUAUUGGGUAUGGGAUUCAAAGCUCAGCGCCGGGUGUGGAGACUGGUUGGUAUUGGUGGCGGAGGAGGGUUGGAGCAUGGAGAGGCUAGUGAGAUUGUGAUUCGGGUUGAAGAAGAUGAAGAAGAAGAUGGACAAGGACAUGGACGUGAGUAUGAGUAUGGAGAGAUGAUAAAGUCGUAA